GGAGAAUGACCUCAAGGUUGAGGGGUGGGGCUGACGUCACGGGCCAAGAUGGCGGCGGCGGUGGUCGCGGUCUCCUUGAGGCGCUGGUUCCCGGUUUCCGCCCGCGGCGGAGCCUGCCUGCAGGCCUGCCGUGGGAUCCAGACAGCUGCAGCGACAGCUCCUCGUAUCAAGAAAUUUGCUAUUUAUCGGUGGGAUCCAGACAAAACUGGAGAUAAACCUCGCAUGCAGACAUUUGAAGUUGAUUUGAAUAAGUGUGGUCCCAUGGUAUUGGAUGCUUUAAUCAAGAUUAAGAAUGAAAUCGAUUCCACCUUGACCUUCCGAAGAUCAUGCAGAGAAGGAAUCUGUGGCUCUUGUGCAAUGAACAUCAACGGAAACAACACUCUAGCAUGUACCCGGAGGAUCGACUCCAACAUCAACAAAGUGUCCAAAAUCUACCCUCUUCCACAUAUGUAUGUGAUAAAAGAUCUCGUGCCUGAUAUGAACAACUUCUACGCACAGUACAAGUCCAUCGAUCCCUAUUUGAAGAAGAAGGACACAUCCCAGGAAGGCCAGCAGUAUCUGCAGUCCAUAGAAGACCGGGAGAAGCUGGACGGGCUGUAUGAGUGCAUCCUCUGUGCCUGCUGUAGCACCAGCUGCCCCAGCUACUGGUGGAAUGGGGACAAGUACUUGGGGCCUGCAGUCCUUAUGCAGGCCUACCGCUGGAUGAUCGACUCCAGAGACGACUUCACCGAGGAGCGUCUGGCCAAGCUGCAGGACCCCUUCUCUCUGUACCGGUGCCACACCAUCAUGAACUGCACACUGACCUGUCCCAAGGGGCUGAAUCCAGGGAAAGCAAUUGCAGAAAUCAAGAAAAUGAUGGCCAUCUAUAAGGAGAAGAAAGCUGCUGCUUAGCUCCUGCCCACGGCAGGUGACCAGCUCAAAGCUGAAUGUAAUUUGCAUCUAACUUGAAUUCCUCCAGAGGAUUUGAUUUUCCAUGAAUGCAGCCAGUGUGACAAAAAUGUUAAGAAAUAAAUGUUACUAUACUUUA